AUGGUGAACAAUCAUCAAGAAGACGGGGACAAGAACAACCACCAAUCAGCCAUUGCAAUAGGUGGAGGAGCUGCCAGGACAUGGGGUACCACUGCCUCGGGCCAAUCGGUUUCGACUAGCGGCAGUGUUGGGUCCCCAUCGAGUCGUAGCGAGGCGGCUAAUGCAACAACGGUAAGUGAGAGCACCUUUCAGAGGCUAAACCACCUCGACAUUCAAGGGGACGAUGCCGGAUCUCAAAGGGAUGCUGGUAACAAGAAGAAAAAAAGAGGUCAACGUGCAGUAGGAGGGGAUAAGAGUGGUAGAGGACUCCGCCAGUUUAGCAUGAAAGUGUGUGAGAAAGUGGAAAGCAAGGGAAGAACAACUUACAAUGAGGUUGCAGAUGAACUUGUAGCUGAAUUUGCAGAUCCUAGCAGUAGUCUUGCAUCUCCAGACCAGCAACAAUAUGAUGAGAAAAACAUUCGGCGUAGGGUAUAUGAUGCCCUCAAUGUUCUCAUGGCAAUGGAUAUAAUUUCUAAAGAUAAAAAGGAAAUACAGUGGAAGGGUCUGCCUCGAACCAGCAUAAAUGAUGUUAAAGAGCUAAAGAGUGAGCGUCUUGGACUGAAAAAUAGAAUUGAAAAGAAAGCAGCUUAUUUGCAAGAACUGGAGGAACAAUACAUAGGUCUUCAGAACCUCAUGCAACGGAAUGAGCAAUUAUACAGUUCAGGAAAUGCUCCUAGCGGGGGCGUGGCUUUACCUUUUAUACUGGUGCAGACUCGUCCUCAUGCAACUGUUGAGGUGGAAAUAUCCGAAGAUAUGCAACUGGUGCAUUUUGACUUUAAUAGCACUCCAUUUGAGCUACAUGAUGACAAUUAUGUGCUCAAGGCAAUGAAAUUUUGUGAAAGACCACAGGGUGAUGAUAUGGCACACAAUUUCUCAGCAGACGGGGGGGAAGGCUCCAGCAUGCCUGACAUUUUUCAUCCUGAAAUUCCUAUUCCUUCGAUAUCUAGCAUACCAGUUAGUACUCCCACCUCGCCUCCCCUUCCUGGAAUCAUUAAGGCACAGCUUCAGAAGCCGGAGUGUGAUAAGAAGCUCUUGCCCGUAGAUGAAGAUCUUCCUGGGAUGGGACAAUAUUAUUGCGUACACUGCGAUCGGUACUUUGCAAAUGUGGCGGUGAGGGAUGAACAUUUCAAGUCGAAAAGGCACAAGAAGCGUGUGAAGCAAAUGAUGGGGCCUGCACCACAUACCCAACUUGAUGCUGACCUAGCUGCUGGAAUGGGUAUGCCAGAUAACGGCCCAAAGCUAAUGUCAAUGUGA